AUGUCUAUCUUCUUCAGUGACGAUAUUGCUGGAAGCCAGAAACACAACGAAAGUUGGCUUAUUAAUUGGGCUGGAGCUCUUCUUAUUGUUCAACAGAAAUCGUUUGAAGGAGAUUUGGUGCACCUUCAGCCUAAAGAGCCGGCUCAAAACCAAGAUGUUGCUGUUAUGGUCAAUGUGUCUGAGGUGACAAAAGCCGAGACGCUAACCAUUCUUGAGAUCUUUGCCUUCUUGAAACAGGAACCAGCUCAGAUUCGAUUGUUGCAAGGCAUGUCCUCGGAGGAAACACUUUCGUCUGACAAGGGAGUUGUUGCUGAGAUCGUUCAGCUGAUUAUGGGAAAAGGGUUGAUACCAGUAUGCUUAGAUGCCUGGAAGUUAGGAAGAAGAGCUAAAUCAUGA